AUGUAUACACCACAAAGAAAAAUUUUUUGGUUUGCAAUAAUUAGUAGGAUAGUGGUUUUAAUUUUACAAUUUAUUUUUAAUUUUUUGUGCCCUGAUCAUCAUGCAGAUGCAUUUAGAAGUCCUACUGAUAAUUCUGAACCUGUUUCAUUGUAUGAUAAUAUAAUUGUAUCUUUAUUCAGUGGUCUUAUACGAUGGGAUGGUCAAUAUUUUAUACAUAUAGCAAAAUAUGGUUAUACAUAUGAAAAUACUUUGGCUUUUUAUCCAUUAUAUCCCCUAUUAAUUAGAAUUAUUUCUGUUCCUAUAAGAAGAAUAUUUUUUGUAUUGAAUGUUCAUAGUUCUUUGAUUAUUGCAGCUGUAUUAAUUAAUAUUAUAUGUUUUGUAAAAUCUGCUGUUAUAUUUUAUGAACUCAGUAAGGCAGUAUUAAAAAACACAAGUAUAGCUUAUAAAACAGCAAUAUUGUACUGUAUAAAUCCAGCUACUAUAUUUUUCUCUGCUGUAUACUCAGAAUCUUUAUUUGCUUAUCUAACAUAUUACAGUAUGUUACAAUCUAUUAAAUUAGAUCCAUAUGUAUCUUUUCCAAUAGCUUUAUCUAUUCUUACGAGAUCAAAUGGCAUGGUCAAUAUAGGAUUUCCUAUAUAUUUUGAAUUAAAAAAAUUAUUUCGUAAUUAUGUAAUAAACAAUGCAAAUUUUUCAAUGAAAGCACUUUCUCAGUUGAUAUUUAAAAUGACUACAUUGCGAAGUUUUUGUUUAAUAUGUAAUACAAUAAUUAUAUCAAUAUUUCCAUUUAUUUUGCUACAAAUAUAUAAUUAUAUCAUAUUUUGUAUUCCUAAUAGUAAUCAAACAUUUAUUCCUGAACAUAUUGCUAAUUAUAGCAUUAUAAAUAAUUUAAUACUACCUGGUAAUCAUAUAGAAUGGUGUCAUUUAAAAAUUCCAGUAGCAUAUUCUUAUAUUCAGAAAAAAUAUUGGAAUGUAGGAUUUUUUAAUUAUUAUGAAAUAAAACAAAUACCAAACUUUUUUCUAGCAUUUCCAAUAUUAUAUAUCAUGUUUACAUGCAUAAAGGAAUAUAUUUUUGAGCAUAAAAGAUAUUUUUAUACAUUGGGAUUUAUUAAAGGUAGUGAACAUAAUAUGCAGAUCAAGAGAAAGAAAUAUCCAUCUGAAAUGUUAGUGUUUGUUAUUCAUGGUUUAUUUUUGAGUACAUUUUGUACUUUGUUUGUACAUAUUCAAGUAAGCACACGUUUAAUAAGUUCUGCAAGUCCAUUAAUGUAUUGGUAUUGUGCUUUAUUAAUCUCCUAUGUGCCAUAUAAAGAUGAUAAUAAUAUAUAUGAAAAUGAAGAAAAUGGUUCUUCUAAAUGGAAAGUAUUUUUGUUAACACAGAAGAAGUAUGUUUUAAAAGAUAUACUUAUACUAUCUUAUUUUUUAGGAUAUACAAUUGUAGGUUGUUUUAUGUUUUCA